AUGAAUCAAGAAGAAAUGGAUGAAUCAAUUAAGGAUAAUCAACAAGAAAAGCCUAUUGAUCAAUCUACAACAGCAACAGAAGAGGAAGUAGUAGGCUUGUAUUCUUCUUCAGAGCAUGAAUCAACUUUCACCGAACCAAUGGAAACAUCUACAUUAGAGGAGGAACAUCUACAAUCAGCAAUGGUCGAUGAUGACACACACAAGCCUUCCUCAAUUCUUCUGCAUAGUGAAUUAAUUGCAAAGGCAGAAAAUAUGUUUGGAGAAACAAAGGAAUAUCUACUUGAUAUGAUUCAAGAACUUCAAGAUUUGAGAGUAAGUAAUUGUCAAUUAUUUCAACUUCAAUUUGUGAUCAUCAAUAAGAGGGAGCAAGAACUGGCCAAAUAUCAAUCCCUUUGCGCAAAGGAUUUAGAUUCAGCAAGAACAACAUCAUUAGCUGAAAUGGAUAUCAUCUCCUCAAUAGUAAAGAAGAAUGAACAAGAAAGAGAGAGGUUAGAAAGACAUUACAUGGAAAGGAUCAAAGAAUUGUCCUCAGAAAGAGAUUUACUUAUGAAAGAAUCACUGGAUUCUAAACUAAAGUUCGAGGCUCAACAAGUGGUGUUUGAACAAAUCAAGGUUUGUUUCAGUGUAUUCCAUUCAUUUAUCAUUUCUCUCAGAGAAGAAACAUUGAGCUUGAAUGCAACUGUUCCUUAUUAA